UUUCCUUAAAAUGAGGAUAUAUAAAGUUGGAUAUCCAUUAUGCUUCCCGCCUUCACUAAAACCUAGCCACCUUUCUUCUUGGUGCAUAAACGCUAUCCCCAUCCCUCUCCCUCUCCCUCUCCCUCUCACAACUCACUACCCUCUUCUCUCAUCGAAUACCGAAUCUGAAAACUCGCUAAUGGACCCUCAAGAUGUGAAAACAAACAUAGUGUUGAUACUUGAUUUCGGAUCCCAGUACACCCAUCUCAUAACCCGAAGAAUUCGUGCCCUCAAUGUGUUCUCGCUCUGCAUCAACGGCACAUCGUCCCUCAAAUCCAUAGCUGACCUGAACCCGCUUGCAAUUAUUCUUUCCGGUGGGCCACACAGCGUCCACGCCAUUGACGCGCCUUGUUUUCCAUCUGGGUUCAUGGAGUAUGUUGAGUCGAACAAGCUUCCUGUUUUGGGGAUAUGCUAUGGGCUGCAAUUGAUUGUGCAGAAAACGGGCGGUGAGGUGAGGGUUGGCGAGAAACAGGAGUAUGGGAGGAUGGAAAUCGAGGUAGAGAAGGCUUGUGGGUUGUUUGGAAAUAAGAAGGUUGGGGAUAGACAGAGUGUGUGGAUGAGUCACGGGGACGAGGCCGUGAAGUUGCCGGAGGGGUUCGAGGUCGUGGCAAGGAGCAAGCAGGGGUCUGUGGCUGCAGUGGAGAAUCGUGAAAAGAGGUUAUAUGGUUUGCAGUACCAUCCAGAGGUAACGCAUUCCCCUGAAGGAAUGGAAACGUUGAGAUAUUUCCUCUUUGAUAUUUGUGGAGUAACUGCCGGCUGGAAGAUGGAAGAUGUUCUUGAGGAAGAACUGAAAAUUAUAAAAGAGACAGUUGGACCUGAUGAUCAUGUCAUCUGUGGAUUAUCUGGGGGUGUCGACUCCACAGUGGCAGCUACACUUGUUCACAAGGCUAUUGGAGAUAGGCUUCACUGUGCUUUUGUUGACAAUGGUUUAUUAAGGUUUAAGGAGAGAUCGCGGGUGAUGGAAACAUUUGAGAAGGAUCUUCAUUUACCUGUUACUUGCAUUGAUGCAACUGAGCAAUUUCUUAGCAAGCUCAAAGGUGUAACAGAACCCGAAAAGAAAAGAAAAAUAAUCGGAAAUGAAUUUAUCUGCAUCUUUGAUGCUUUUGCUCAUGAUUUGGAGAAAAAGUUACAAAGGAAACCUCUUUAUUUGGUCCAAGGAACCUUGUACCCUGACGUAAUUGAAUCUUGCCCGCCACCUGGAAGUGGGAGGACUCACUCCCACACUAUCAAGAGUCAUCAUAAUGUUGGAGGGCUUCCCAAGGACAUGAAGUUGAAGCUCAUUGAGCCGCUUAAACUUUUAUUUAAGGAUGAGGUUCGAGAACUGGGUAGAAUUAUGGGGGUUCCAGUUUCCUUCUUAAAGCGCCACCCCUUCCCUGGGCCUGGCCUUGCAGUGAGGGUCCCUGGUGAUGUAACAGAAGGAAACCGUUUGGACAUCCUGCGUAAGGCGGAUGAUAUCUUCAUUCAGGCAAUCAAAGAUGCUGGGAUAUAUGACUCUAUAUGGCAAGCUUUUGCUGUAUUCAUGCCAGUAUUAACAGUUGGAGUUCAAGGAGAUCAAAGAACACAUUCUUAUGCCAUCGCACUUAGGGCCGUCACAAGUCAUGAUGGAAUGACUGCAGACUGGUACUAUUUCGAUCACAAGUUUCUGGCUGAUCUAUCAACAAGGAUUUGCAAUGAAGUUCAAGGCGUAAAUCGUGUUCUUCUAGAUAUUACAUCAAAGCCUCCGGCAACUAUUGAGUGGGAAUAAUUGAAUUUGUCCAAGGAAUUUUAUACGGGCAUAAGUUCCAUUACCGCUGGUGAUCUUGAUGAGUUUUGAGAGGAACAUCAAGUCCCGGAAAAUCAAAGUCUAGUAGGGCAAUGAUUCUUCACAAAAAUAUGCAUCGACUUAUUUUUAAAAAAUUGAUAGGAAAAAAAAUACUUUUAUCCUAUUGGUGGUUUUUACUUGGAAGCAACAUGUCUGUAGUAGCUUUUAGUUGUUCUAAAUUUGUAUUUCUACUCCCUUGUGGAGCACAUUCAUAUAUAAUGAAUAGUGUAUGAUAUACAUUUGGUGCAUGUUUGGUAUAAAGGGGGGGCGCAAUACACUAAUUUUUAAUUU